AUGCCUCUUCAACGCACACCGCCGCCGGUCUCGUCUAAGCAAGAUGAAAUAGAUGAUGAUACGAACACAGGAGCCAAACCCGUCACUAUGAGAGCCGCUAAGAGACAAGCUCUUGGUUCUCCUGAUCCGAAUUCAGCAUCAGCUGCGGUUUCAGAUGCACCGGUAACCACGAAACAAGUAAGAGAUAUAGUGCAGGAAGUCAUCGCAAGAGAAAUUGGUGCUUUUAUGCAACAGAUCACCAAAACCCUUAAGGAAAUUGUUUACACGGAACUUAAGCCCAUAAAAGAUGAUGUUCAAGAACUAACAAGAGCUGUAGACCACAUGAGUAAUCAAUAUGACGAUAUUCUCAAGGAACAAGUGUGCGUCAAGGAGAAGAUAAAAGAAUUUGAAACUGAAAAUCGCUCCUUGAAUUUAGCAGUUGAUGAUCUAAAAAAACGCAUUAAUCAAAUGGAACAACAUGCUCGUUCAUGCAAUGUUGAAAUUCAAUGUGUUCCUGAGAGGAAAAAUGAGAACCUAAUGUCCAUUAUUGCCACACUUAGCGAGGUGGUUGAUUGUCCCUCAGCUGGACAAAACCCGCGCUUUGCUGACAUCCACGUUGAGGAGAUCCCGACGAAGAUCCACUACUAUAUGCCCGUGAAUACACUUGACGUGGCGUAUCCUGCUGCAUGA